AUGGCGUCGGCGUCAGGAGCAUGCUCGAGAGGAGAGGCCUCGGCCGUGGAGGCGGCGGCGGCGGCCACCACCGGCGCGUUGCCGGUCUUCGCGGCGGCGGCCCCGUGCGCCUUCUCCCCCGCCGGGCGGCACUUGGUGGCUCUCUCGGGGCCCGACGGGCGGCUCCGCGUGUGGGAGACGGGCAGCAGCCGCCUGCACCACGAGUACGUGCCCUCUGCCCACCUCAGCGCCGCCUGCACCUGCCUGGCCUGGGCGCCGCCCGGAGCAGCAGGAGGAGGCCGCCCGUCGCCCAGCAAGGAAGGCCCUCAGAGAAAGAAGAGGAAAUCUGAAGCUGCAGAAGCAGGUGAACAGUUAGAUCUUUUGGCUAUUGGUACUGCAGUUGGCAGCAUUUUGUUAUACAGCACAAUAAGAGGAGAAUUACAGAGUAAACUAAGUGGUCAUGACGGUAAAAUAAACUGUGUACGGUGGCACCAGGACAAUGGCUGCUUAUAUAGCUGUUCAGAUGACAAACACAUUGUGGAAUGGAACACACAGACGUGCAAAGUGAAAUGCAAAUGGAAAGGAGAUAACAGCAGUGUGAGCUCACUGUGCAUCAGUCCUGAUGGAAAGAUGCUUCUGUCAGCUGGUCGAUCUAUCAAAUUGUGGGACCUGGAGACCAAGGAAGUCUACAGACAUUUCACAGGACAUGCUACAGCAGUUUCAACUCUUAUGUUCGUCACAGUACGGCCUCCCAAUGAAAAUCAACCCUUCGAUGGAAUUACGGGGCUAUAUUUCCUAUCUGGAGCAGUGCACGACCGAUUACUCAGUGUUUGGCAGGUGAGAUCAGACAGGAAAGAAAGGAAUGCUGUAAUGAGUUUCAUGGCUACAAAUGAGCCAAUCCAUAUCGACCUGACAAUGUCAGAAAGCAAAGAGGAGCCAGUUAAAAUAGCAGUUGUAUGCAGAGAUGGACAGUUGCACUUAUUUGAACAAGUCUUGAAUGGGUCCUGCAAAAAACCAUUGACAUCAAAAUGUACAAUCCAGGUAGCAACAUCUGGAGAGGGAAGUGAUACCACGCCAAAGCCAAUCCCUAUUCUAGCAGCUGCAUUUUGUUCCGAUAAGGAAUCAUUGCUACUUGUGUAUGGAAACUCCUUACAGCCUGUCAUUGAGAGAGUGCCUGUGAAUACUACAGAGUCACAUAUGUGCUUAGUAAGAGACAUUCAGAAGACCUUGAUGCUUAAAACAGAAAUGGCUGUGACAAAGGUGAAAACUCCCAUAAUCAAUUCAGAAGUCAAAACGCUAGUGCCUGGACUUCCUGGACAUAGUGCGGCUAUCAAACCAUCAUUUCGUGAAGAGAAAAUGGAGACCAAAAGAAAGUCUACUGCAGCUGGUAGAGAGGAGAGCAUUGAAGACCGCCUUGGUGCAAUGGAUAUUGAUGUGAUGAAAGUGAAACAGUCAACGGGAAGCCUUCCACAGACUGACAAUUUUGCAGUGCUUUUAGUUCAGGGUUUGGAAAGCAGUGAUCCUGAAAUACUAAAUAAAGUGCUUCAAACCAAGAAGGAAGCAAUAAUAAAGAAAACAGUAGCCAGAAUGCCUGUGUACUCUGUCAUUCCUCUGCUGCAUGAGCUCACAAAAAGGCUGCAAGGGCACCCAUAUAGUGCCUCACAAAUGGUUCGAUGGCUAAAGUCCGUUUUAACUAUACAUGCAUCCUACCUUUCAACAUUGCCGGAUCUGGUCCCUCAGCUAGGAAUGCUAUAUCAGUUAAUGGAGAGCAGAGUUAAGACUUUGCAGAAGCUCUCUCGCUUACAUGGGAAACUCUACCUUAUUGUCACCCAGGUUGCUGCAUUGGAACAGGCUCAGGAUGUGCCUGAUGUCGACCAGACUGCAAAGCUGGUGUAUGAAGAAGAAUCAUCAGAGGAAGGUUCAGAUGAUGAGAUGGCUGGAGAAAAUGAUUCAGAUGAGAACUGGGAUGAAGAGGAUGAGAAAGAGGAAAGCGAUGAGAACGAUGAAAGAGAUGAACUUUCAGGUGAAGAACAAGAAAUGGCUAUAGAAAAAGAAAUCAAUGGGGAAUCAGAUUUGGAUCCAGAAAAUGAAAGUGAAGAAGAAUAGCAUAUGUUUUAAAAGGGGGCGAAAACCCCUAUUAACUGGCCUCCAAAACUCUGGACUGCCACGCUGAAAACCGCUUACAACACACAAGGGAUACUUGGCCCAACGGCUGCGACGGCAUAUUGGGACACUGUAUUUUCAAGCCCAGAAUGUGUAACAAUGCCAGCCUUCUUAUUCCUUUACCGCCUGUCCUAUACUUCCUGGGAUCACAGUGAAAGAUUUUUCUUCUACAUAGUAGGCAAAGAUUACCCCCCAUUUUCUGGACAUUUCAUUUUGCAUCUUGAAUAAAAUAGUUUUACCAAGGCUCUUUGGAUGAUAAACUUGUUGCAGCUCAGUUCCAACAGUUCCAAAUUCUGACGGAAUGAAGACCACUUCUACCUUAGCCCUCUUUAGUUACGUGCUUUUCCAGUUGGCACCUUGCUACAUUUUUUGGAAGAGAAUAAAUAUUUUUGUAAGACCUUAAUGUUGAUUGUUCUUCCUCUUCUCUCUCUCUCUCUCUCCGCCCAUGUCCGUUCGCUCAUAACCGAAUUACUUAGGCCUUGGCAGUGGUACAACGCCAAUCAGGCUGAGCAAAGCAUUUUCUUUUUGAAACCAAACUUUUUAUAUGUGUGUGUGUUUGUGUAAAAUCAGUCACUUUUCUUGUACUUCAGAAAAACAAAAGAAAAUUAGGUUCAUUGGUGGUUCCUGACCUCUUAAUUUUAAUUGAGCUUGUAUAUAAGUUUAAUACUGACCCAGAGACACAGUCCAUCUUUGGAAGGAUAAGGAUAAAAAAAAAAUGAAAAGAGGGCAGAUGCUUGUGAAUAAUGUAACACAAUGCGUAUACAUUUAUUAAGAAUUUUUAAUCUUUGGGGCAGAACAGGGGUUGCCAUUAGUUCAAUUAAACUGAAGUGGUAUGAACAGUUUUUGAGAGCAAGGUUGGGUAAAGGUUGAGCCAUUAACCAGUAUAAUGUACAGUUAUUUGUCUAUAAUUGGAGCUGUUGCAACCAAAUACUGCCCCCCUUUGUAAAGUGAAUAAAUAUACAUUGCCUUUAU